GAAAGGGAAGAAGACGGCCCAUUAUCACUCAGAGCGAGAACGGAACCCUGCCCCCUGAUCGCCCAUCAUGAACAUCCUGUUGUUUGCGGUGGAAGGUGAAGCUGCCGGCUCAGAUGGAAGUGGUCACCACUGAAGAGCUGAUGGCUCACCUUGGUGAAUGUGUGCUCUCCAUCAAACCGCGGGAGAAAGCAGAAGGCAUGGAGCUCAAUUUCCAGCAGAACAUGAGUGACGCGAUGGCUGUGCUGCCAAAGUUGUCCACAGGCCUCGACGUUAAUGUGCGUUUUACAGGUGUGUCGGAUUUUGAGUACACUCCUGAGUGCAUCGUCUUUGAUCUGCUUGACAUUCCGCUCUACCACGGCUGGCUUGUCGACCCACAGAGUCCUGAGGUGGUGUCUGCAGUGGGCAAACUCAGCUACAACCAACUGGUGGAGAAGAUCAUAGAGUUCAAGCACUCCACAGAUACCAGUCAAGUCAGUGAAGGUUUGAUAGCAGAGCAAUUUUUGGAGUCCACAGCAACCCAGCUGUCAUAUCACGGCCUGUGUGAGCUCAACACGACAGCCAAGGAGGGCGAACUGUCUGUAUUUUUCAGGAACAACCACUUCAGCACUAUGAUAAAGCACAAGGGUCACCUUUACCUGCUGGUCACAGAUCAGGGCUUCCUGCAGGAGGAGAGCGUGGUGUGGGAGAGUCUCCAUAAUGUGGAGGGGGAUGGGAAUUUCUGUGACUCGGACUUCAGAUUGUGUCACCCUUCCCAGAAACCCUCAGCAGCCAGCCAGCCCUCCCCACAACAACAGCAGCAAAUGCAGAUCGACCAGGACUAUCUGGUGGCGAUGUCCCUGCAGCAGCAGCAGGGUGAAGCUCCUGGACCCUUGAGUGAUCUUGAGCUGGCCAGACAGCUGCAGCAGGAGGAGUACCAGCAGCCACAAACACAACCGCACCAGCACCAGCCGUCAGCCGGACAGAUGAGAAGUCAGCACGGAGGACAGAGGCGCCGGGAAAAGAAGGACGACUCGGAUUGCUGUAUUCUCUAGGUCAGAGUCCACUCACCUCUCAAAGCCAGUUCGGCUUCAGUUAACAGUUUCUUCUGUACCACUACUGAAACAUGGGACUUCACUCUUAGCGGACCUGUCGUCCCAAUGCCAAGCCUGCCUUUACAGUACAGUUGACCCCUCGUUUUCACCUUUCCUUUAUCCUCAUGGUUGGAACUGUUGCUCAUCGUCGUCUACUGGACCAAAUAAAGGUAGCAAUUGUUUUUAAGCACUAAUGAGCAUUUCUUUGAGUGCUAUGGUGGAGCUCCUAACUAUGCCAUUAAAGAUUGAAGACUGUAAUGGUAAAUAAUCAGGUAUUGUAAUAAGAAUUUAACAUUACACUGAAAUGCUACUGUCUCAAGUUGAUCUGUACAUAGUUACUUGUCAUCAGCUUUUCAUCCAAAGUGAUGUACAGUACACUAAGUACACAGGGCUCCGUGGAGCUCCCUGGAUUCUGUAAGCUGAGCUAAUAAAAGCCACCUCUGUUAACAGGAAA